GUGUUUGUGCCGUAAAGCAGCUCCUAGUGCAGUAAGCUUCUGUUUGAAUUUCCAACGGUGAAGUUAUUCCGUUUAGGUGAAAAUCUUUAAUAUUCGGGAUAUUGCGGCAGUUUAAACCAUAGACUGCAUAAUAAAAAUAAUCUUUAUUGUACAGUCUAUGGUUUAAACGUGUUGGUUUCAGUUUUAGACCCUGCUAUCGUAGCUAGCUGGGUCCGUCCACGUUAGCUUUCAAGUUCGUGGAAGUCCCUCUCGGAUCCAGCCUCUGCAGCGGCCUGACGGAAGGCGGUUGACAGGGAAAGUCCUCUCUUGAGCGGCCAGGAUGCUCUUCAUCGUCCUGGUGUGGAGCUUAUUGGUGUCUACGGCGGGUCAGCAGGUUGACGACGAGUGGCUGGACCCGUACGAUAUGCUCAACUACGACCCGGGGACCCAGAAGAUGAGGAAGCCCGCUGAGCCAGCCAUCUACAGUAAUGUGGCCACCAGAAGAAGAGAAUACAUUCAGGAGGAGGCGGAAGUCAGCAGCUGCAACAAAAAAGUAGUGGAUCUACAGAAACAGAUUGAGGACCAGAAGAAGACGAUAACGCUCAUGUCCCAGCAGCCUACAUGCAACCCGGUGUUCAAGAGGUUCCUGAGCAGACUCCUGAAGAACAUCCAAAGAGUUGGUGAGCCCAGUGACUCCUCAGACGUCUUCUACGACGCCAAAAUCAAACUGUCCCGACAGGCCAUGACGGAGAUCCAGACUCUCCUGGAGGGUGAAGACCGCUGGAGGACAGGAGCUCUGGACAACGCCAUCAGUCAGUUACUGGUGGACCUCAAACCACACGACUAUGAGGCCUGGAAGUGGCGUUUUGAAGACACGUUUGGCGUGGAGCUCGACACAGUGUUAAAGAUCGGGAUGGGCUUCCUGAUCAUCGUGGCCCUCAUCUGCACCGAGCUGUGGUCCAGGAUCUCCUGGUUCACGCAGUUCAUCAGACUGUUGAUGAUCUGCUUCCCCGUCAGUGUCAUCUGGAACUGGUUCUAUCUGUACAAGAUUGCUUUUGCUGAACACCAGAACAACGUAGUGAAGAUGGACAGUUUCAAUGACAAAUGCACCGGAGUGAAGAGGAUUGACUGGACGGACAGUCUGACAGAGUGGUACAGAAGCACCUGGACGCUUCAGGACGAUCCCUGUAAGAGAUAUUAUGAAGUCCUCAUGGUCAACCCCAUUCUGCUGGUGCCUCCGACCAAGGCCAUCGCCGUCACCGUCACCACCUUCAUCACCGAGCCGCUGAAGCACAUCGGUCAGGGCAUCAGCGAGUUCCUGCGAGCGCUGCUGAAGGAUCUGCCGGUGACGCUGCAGAUCCCGGUGCUCUUUGUCAUCGUGAUCGCCGUCGUGGUGUGUAUGUAUGGAAGCGUGCAGGCUGCCUUCCAGUACGGCAUCAUGGCUCCUCUGCGACGCCCUCGAAGGGAUCCUCCUCCUCCUCCAGAGCUGGAGCCACGGCAACCACAGCAACCACGGUACCUGAGGAACGAGGACCGUGACGAGUUAGCCGGAGGGGACGCACCUGGACCUGAAGCAGCACCCAGACCUGCAGCGAGACCUGCACCCAGACAGGCACCGUCACCUCAACACGCACCGCGACGCCGACCGGACGCCGCCGGGAACGACGUGCACCGGAGGCGACCCGACCGGCCCAGGAAGGAGCCGCCCAGAGUGGUGGUGGAGACGCUGAGAACGGCCGACCCUCGAUACAGCGAGGACGAAACCGACGCUGCGAGGCGAGAGGACAGAGAUUCAGAUUCAGAAAGAGAGCUGAUGGAGCCGGAAGAAGCGACUGCAGCUCAAACUACACCCACAGAAUCACCGAAACCAGAGAAUAAACCAAGAAAACUGAAGCUUUCUCCGGAUGAACAUGACGGAGACGGAGCAGAACGGAGACCAGAGAGGGAACGCAGCGUUCAGCGUUGUGCAUGCUCUAAUGGGACGGUGAAAAAUCACACGCAACAUAAAUUGGACCUGGAGGCCUCGGCUGGAGACGCUCCGUCCGUCUCGCUGACAAACGUGGAAACCGUGGGAGCUCCGGUCCAGGAGACGAGUCCGGUGGUGGAGUAGGAAGAUGAACGACUGUCUGGUUUACUGAUCCACACACCUGCUCACCUGGACCGGGGUUAUGAAGCGCUCCAUCGACCAAUCAGCAGCCGGCAUCAGGGAGGAAGCAAAUGUCAGAAACGGCUCCGCUUACGGUUGAAUCACGGCGUUCCUGGACGGUGGAAGGCAGAGAAAAAGACGGGAUUAAUACGAGGAAACAGCUUCAGACCUUUAGAACAGCGUCACUUUUUAACCAACAGUUUCUACUACAUCCUCGGGCUUUCUCCGAGGGUCACCUGAUGUGUGAUGUCGUUUCGUUUUAAUCAUGUGACCGGUCUGUCAGACAGGCCACGCCCCCUCUGGAGGGUGGAGACUUCUGGUCCUGGUUCCUGAAUCUCCUCCAAUGUUCUGAUCCAGUCCAUGAUGUUGGUUAUCAGGGUAAUUUUGUCCAUUUUUGUGGUGAUUUUGUGUCUUUUUCUGGUUAAAAAUUGCUCACAUUUUUAAAGAGAGUCGGUUUUAGACUGUGACGCCUGCAGUGGAUGUAAAAUGAAGCUGAACUCUUCUUGUGUCGAUUUUGGUCCUUUUGGUGGUGUUUUUACAUCUUUUUUUGCUGUAGUUUUUAGUGGUUGGGAUAAUUUUGCCUGUUUUUGGGGUUAAUUUAGUCUCUUUUUGUGUACAUUUUGCAUCAUUGUGUAGUUGUAUUGCACUUUUUGAGGAAAUAUUGUGUCCUUUUGUGGUGAUUUUGCUUUUUUUUGUCUAUCUUGAGUGUUUAGGGUCAUUUUGCUCAUUUUUGUGGCAAUUUUUUUUUUCUUUUUUUGGUAGAAAUUACUCAACAUUUCUAAAGACAGAGUUAGUCUUUAAGCUUUGACACCUGCAGUGGAUGUAAAAUAAAACCUAACUCUUCUUGUGGUGGUGCUUUAGCAGUUUUGUGGUAAUUUUCACCUUUUUGUGAUGAUUUUACAUCUUUUUUGCUUUGACUUUUUGUCCUUGGAGUGACUUUGCCUAUUUUGUGGUUGUUUUGCCCUUUUUGAGGAAAUGUUGUCCUUUAGUGGUGAUUUUGUGUUUCUUUGUGGUAAUUUUGGCCUUUUGGUGACAUUUAGUCUUUAGUUUCAUUUCUUCUGCAGUGGUUCGUGAUGCUGAUUUAAGUUUUCUUCUUCGGUUUUGUGUUCUUGUGAAUCGUCUGGUUGUUUCCUUUUCAUAUUUUUUCUUCUGUUUUAUGAUCUUCCUGUUUUCUUGCAUCAUUUGUGCUUAAUUUCAUGCAUGACAUUGGAUUCAUUGUCCGGCUCUACUUUAUCUUUUUGAAGUUUGGUUUGUAAACUAGCCAGAUAAUAAGCUAAAGGCUAAACUGCUAGCUGUGCUGUGCGUUAGGCUAGCUUAUUAAGCUAAACAAUCUGUUAUUAAUGCCAGCUAGCGCUAGCAUCAGAUUUAGUAUUUGCAUUCAGGCAGCGGAGGAAGACAAGCUGAGCUAAUUCAGACCGAGUUUAAAUGUUUAGAUGUAAGCUAGCCGAGCUGGACUGAAGCUAAUCCGUUAGCUACGUCUCAUUCCAGUGCUAGCAUCCAUGAACGUUAAAUGUGAAACCACUAAAAACUGAGACUGAAUGUUUGAAGGAUAAUUCUGUAUCUGCUGGAGUUUUGUUUGUGGUUUUCCUGCUGUGUUGAUGUUCUUCAUUAUUCGUUCUGUUAUCUGAUGUAUUAUGUCUGUUUUUCUGUGUUUUCUUUUAGUUUUUUUUCUCCCAUGUUGGAUAUUAGCAGUGUGUGAACGCGUUCUUUAUGUGGUUAUUUUUACUUGAUUUUUUCUUAAAUAAUUUAAAAAUAUAUAAAUAUUGAAAUAAAAAUCAAUAUAGUGAAAUAAUUAAAAGUAAACAUUUUAAAGGUAACAUUAAUAAUAAUAAUAUGACUAAUGUAACAAAAAGUUUAAGAACAAAUAUUUAAAAGCUGAUAAUGAAAUAAUAAAAACUAGCAAAAUUAAUAAUAAUUUAUAAAUACAUUAUUUUUCUAAAAUAAUUUGAGAAUAUAUAGAUAUUAAAAUCAAGAAACAUGAAUGAUAUAUAAUGUAAUAUAUGUAUAUGUACACACACAGUUAAAAAGGUAAAACUGAACAUUUUACAGCUAAUUUUAUUAACAGCAGUAUAAUUGGAAGCCUUUUUUCUGUUAGAGACAAACAGGAGGCGGAAAACCACAUAAAGAACGCCCUCACACUGAAAAUAUCCCCUAUAAGCCAAAAAUAAAGAGAAAACGCUAAAACACACAGAAAAACAGACAUAGUCACCGUUUCAUACAUUCGAUAACAGAACCCACAGAACAAAUAAUGAAGAAAGAACAUCAAUACAGCAGGAAAACCACAAACUAAACUCCAGCAGAUACUCGUUCACCCUAAAGAUAAAAACAGAACCGGACAAUAAAUCCAACAUCAUAGAUGAAAACAUCCAUUAGAGAAACAGGAAGAUCCUACAACACAAGAAAGAAUCUGAAAAGGAAACGGCAAGGAGGACUCACAAGAUCACAGAAAGACAAAAACGGAACAAGAAAACUUCAAUCGGCAUCAGCGACCACUGGAAAGAAAUGAUCACAUCAUGGACUGGGAGGAUCAGAACAUCUGAUUAAGGACGCAGAGAUCAGGAACCAGGACAAGGAGGUCUGCAUCUUCUAACACCUGGACAGCAGGGGGCGUGGCCACCUGAUAAAGCAUCAUCAACGCGUCAGAUGAAGCUCUGAGGAAGACCACAGAUGUAGAAACACGUCAUCCUUUUUUACUGAGCUGUCGGUUAAAAAGUGACACUUUUCUAAAGUAAGAAACCAGAAAACGAACCCAAUCCAGGCUUCAAAUCUUGAAUCACAACAGUAUUUUGUCAUUUAUAACAGAGGAUAAAGAUUUUAGAAAUUCUGUUCAGAUAAUGUCUGAAAAAUCAUCCCAAAUGUGUUCAACAUUAGAAAUGGUCCAAAAUGACUUAAAAAUGACCUUUAAUGCAAAAUCUGGUCCCAAAUAGUUUUCAAUUUGUCCAAAAUGUCUCAAAAAUCAUUCAAAAGUUUUUAAAAUCUGUCCAAAAUAAGUUGUAAGUUCUCUGAAAUUACUCAGAAAUUGUCGAAAAUGAAUUGACAGCUUCCUUUAAAGCAAAAUCGUGUCCAAAAUUUGUCCAAAAUAAGUUGCAGUUUAUCCAAAAUCGCCACAAAAUGAUGCAAAAUUUCCACAAAUAGACAUCAACCCCAACAUCAGCAACAUUACCCCAAAAACUGAAAAUCACUGAAACAAAAGGUGUUUAGAUCAAACUGUCUAAGAUAAGUCAUAAUUUAUCCAAAAUGUCUCAAAAUUUCUCGUAAAUUGUCCAAAAUGACUUGAUGGUGUCAUCGAGAGCAAAAAUGUGUCCAAAAUUUGUCCAAAAUGUCUCAAAUCAUUCAAAAUUACUUAAAAUCUGUCCAAAAUAAGUCAUAAUUUCUCCAAAAUUACUCAGAAUUUGUGCAAAAUGUCUCAACAUAUAUACAAAAUUAGUCAUAAUUUCUUCAAAAUUACCCAGAAAUUGUCUAAAAUGGCCCGACAGUUACCUUUAAAGCAAAAUCUUGUCCAAAAUGUCCCCAAAAAUGUUUCAAAACUCCUUAACGACUUAUUUUGGACAGAUUUUAUUUCUCCAAAAUUACUCAGAAUUUCUGCAAAAUAGGUCAUGAUUUGUCCAAAAGGUCUCAAUAACCAUCCAGAAUGACUUGAGAAUUGGCUAAAAUCAUCCACAAUUGUUUCAGAAUUUGUCCAAAAUGACUUAAAAUAAUUCAAAAUUACUUCAAAUCUGUCCAAAAUCCAAGUCAGAAUUUGUCCAACAUGUUUCAAGAACCAUCUAAAAUGACUUAAGAAUUGCCCAAAAUUCUCCAAAAUUGGUCCAAAAUGUCUGACAAACAUCCAAAGUGUCGCCAAAUUUGUCCAGAAUUAUUCAGAAAUUGUCCACAGUGACUUGACAGCUUCCUUUAAAGCAAAGUCUUGUCUAAACCAUGUUGCAAUUUAUCCAGAAUGUCUAGAAAAUCAUUUAAAAUUACUUAAAAUCUGUCCAAAAUAAGUUAGUCUAAAAUCACCACAAAAAGAGAAAAAUCACCACAAAAUGGUGCAAAAUUUCAGCAAAAAGAGACAUUAACCCUGACACAGGCAACGUUACCCCAGAGCUAAAAAUCACUGAAAAAAAUGGUGUUUUGCUCAAACUUUGUCCAAAAUGGGUCAUAAUUUGUCCAAAAUGACUUAACAAUUGCCCAAAUUUCUCCAAAACUGGUCCAAAACAGGUUAUAAUUUGCCCAAAUGUCUAAAAAGUCAUCCAUAACGUCUGAAAAUUUGUCCAGUUAGUCGUAGUUUGUCUGAAAUUGGCCAUAAUUUCUCCAAAUUACUCAGAAAUUGUACAAAAGGACGUGAGAGUCACCUUUAAAGCAAAAUCUUGUCUAAAACAGGUUGCAAUUUGUCCGAAAUGUCUGGAAAAUCAUUUAAAAUUACUUAAAAUCUGCCCAGAAUCUCCACAAAAAGACACAAAAUCAACCCAACAUCAGCAAAUUUACCCUCACAAACUGGAGAUCACUGAAAAAAAAGGUUUUGUUUUGUCCAAAAUAGGUCAUAAUUUGACUAAAAUGUGUAGAAAAUCAUUCAAAAUGAAUUAAAAUCUGUCCAAAAUUACCAAAAAGAGAGAAAAUCGCCACAAGAAUUUCCGCAGACACAAAAUCAACCCACCAUCAGCAAAAUUCCCCUAAAAAAUGGAAAUCACUGAAAAAAAGGAAAAAGUUUUGAUCAAACUCUGUCCUAAAUAGGUCAGAAUUUGUCCAAAAUGCAAAAAUGUGUUUAAAAUUUCUCAAAUCUGGUCCAAAACAGGGUAUGAUUAGUUCAAAACGCCUGAAAAAUCAUCCAAAAUCUUUCCAGAAUCAGUCAGAAAUGAUCCAAAAUGACCUGACGGUUACAUUUAAAGCAAAAUGUGUCCAAGGUAUCUCAAAAGUCAUUCACAGCUACUUAAAAUCUGUCCAAAAUGUGUUGUAAUUUUUCCAAAAUUACUCAGAAAUUGUACAAAAUAGGUUCUAAUUUUUCCAUCCUAAAAUGAUAAAAUCAAAACAAAAUGACUGAAAUUUCCACAAAGAAACUUAAAAUUACCACGAAAAAACAUAAAAUCACCACAAAGAAACAUAAAAUCACCACAAAGAAACAUAAAAUUACCACAAAGAAACAUAAAAUUACCACAAAAAAACGUAAAAUCACCACAAAGAAAUACAAAAUCACCACAAAGAAACCUAAAAUCACCACAAAGAAAUAUAUAAUCACCACAAAAAGACACAAAAUCGAGGCAAAAAUAGCCCAAAUAUAAAUGAAUGUGUUGAAGAGUAGUGAGACAGAAGAAGAAUGUUUUUGACUGAAUUCUAAGAAUGAAAGCUUCCGGCUCACUGGUUUGUGUUUCUGUGUUUUUACGGUUUACAGAUUCUGUAGCUCCAGAUUGACAGACGAAGCGGUGAUUCUGUCGGUUGGUUUAGCUGCUGGCCAGGAAGACGUUUACCUCAGGAGAUGGUUGAAGUUAAACAAUGAGAAAAGCUAAAACAUGCGUUAGUGUUGCACAUUAAUUCUGCGUGUCCUCGUUUGUUUUCAGUUUAUUUUUUAUCAGUGCAGAUCUAUUAAUCAUGUCUGAUUUCUUUGGUAAUUUUUCUUCUCAUGCAUUUGAAGCUGCUGUUUAAAUAAAACUCUUAUUUUUUA